AUGGUGAGAAGUCAAGAGAAUGGUGAUAUCCAGGUCCAAUGGAAUGAGGAAGAUCAUGAAGGGAUACUCACCACAGAACAUCUGCUAGAACAUUCCUAUUCCAAGGAGAAUCAACGACGUUUAAGAGAUCAGGCAAAACUUCAGUUCCACUCUGAUAUGACAAUACCUGUUAUAUCCUGGAAAGAUGUUCAGUCAUCUGAGGAUUCAUUAUACAGGUGGCUUAGAAAUAUAAAUGACCAGGGAAUAUGUCUACUGACGGACGUACCAACCGAACACCACUAUGCAAGAAACAUCUGGGACGUCAAAUUGCAUAAGAAGAUCAUAAACGCUGCGUAUGGACGUCAGGCUCUUCUCUUCCACACGGAUCUGGCCAUAUACGAAGCCCAGCCCGGUGUACAGUUUCUACACUGUUUAAAAUUUGAUGACUCGUUAGAGGGUGGUGAAACCCUUUUUGUUGACUUAUAUCACAUUGCUAAGAAAUUCCGAGAAGAAUUUCCAGAGGAGUUCCGUAUUUUGACUGAAGUUCCGUUUACAUUCAACAGGAUUCAUUAUGAUCGGUAA